CGAUGGGUGCACCGGUGGUUUGGUAGGAGAAGGGAAGGAUCGCUGUGAGUGGCUGCUUACAGUCGCAGAAAGGCGAGAAGAAGAAGCACGGAGAGUAGAGCAGCAAGGGCCACAAGAGCAGUGAAGAAAGAAUGAAGGAAAUAAACAAACCGCAGCAAGGAAUGAGGCGCGGGAAAACCUCAGUUAAGAAACACGAAAGAAACGAAAAAGGCCGAGGCGAGGGUUGCGCAGGGCGAGGGAUGUGAUAUGGAGAUGGCGAUGGCGAUGGGGGAGGGAAGAAAAGAAGGGUUAAAAAAGGAAGAGACAGCCGCAGGAGGGAAGUACAGUACGGUAGUUACUGUGCACCUGGACUGGACUGUGCAAGGCGGUGGAAAUACCAAGCGUCCAGAACCCGGUAAGGGAUGGACGAUCGAUCAUGGCUACGCAAGCAAGCAAGCAUGCAAGCAAACAAUCCCGUCCAAAGCACAAAGCACAAAGAGAAGGGUGUUUCUGUAGGGAACACGCCAGAGGAAUCCUGGGCUCAAAGCGCGCCAGUGCAGUGGGAGUGGACCCAGGGCUAUUUACAGGUGUCCUAUGCCCUGAAUGCCCUGAAUAUCCUGCAACCGUCCCCUGCAGCCGCCACCCGCCCCCUGCAGCCGCCGGAGCCCGCGCGAACCAACAGAGCAGCGACGAGCAAAGACGAGACGAAUAUUCAAACGCCCAGCUCGCUGCCCAUACAACACGCAAACAAGCUACUCAUCGUCUCUUCAGAGCGAAAUCGCGACAAGCCAAGCUCAUCCUCAAACCGACAUCCCAGCGACCAUGAUCUGGUUUGCACUCCGCUUGUUGCAGGGGAGGGGGCGUGUCGUGUCGUAUCAACGUCACACGCCGGCCGUCCCGCUCGACAACACCCCAUGCUACAGAGCACAAGCUACGACGUGCCCUUGUUCUGA